AUGAGCAUUCAGAGUGGAAGGAGGAAAAUUCCUAGGAUUAUUGAUAUCCCAAGAGGAAUUGAGAUUCAUGUCCUGUUCGGCCAAAAGGUGUUUCCCUUUUUCAAAGCCCUCAAAGGCUCCCAAAAGCUCAAUUGGAAUGAAGAAUGCCAAGAAGCGUUCGAGGAAUCAAAAAAGUUCUUAACCUCACCGACACUCCUAAGUCGGCCAUUGCAAGGAGAGACUCUGUAUUUGUACAUCUGUGCAAGAAAAGAAACGAUCGGAACAAUAUUGGUGAGACAAGAAGAAGGAGAAUUUAAACCAAUUUACUACAUCAAUCGUGUGCUAAAAGUGGCCAAAACGAUGUAUCCCGAAAUAGAAAAAAUGGAGCUAAUUGUCGUAAUUACGGCAAAAAAAACUAAAAUACUACUUUCAAAGACACAUUGUGGUCAUAAAAACAAAUUAAAUGUUGAGAAAACUGCUACAAAGACCCGAAACCUUUGUACGACUACUCCACUAGUUGGUCCAACUAAGUGA